AUGAUAAUAUUUAAUUUUUUCUUUGUUUUUAUUGUAUUUUAUUCAGUUUUAUCGAUUGAUUUUUUGUUUUUCACUUAAGGAAAGGCUUAUGCAGUUUAAAAUGACCAUGAAGAGAAUCCACACAAAUCUAUACAAAUAGAAUUUACAAUUGAAAGAAAUUUUUCUAUUUAAAUUUAGGCAACUUCUAUGUUUUAUUUUCCUAUCUCUACCUUUAAAUUUUAAUUAAGGCAUGUAGAACAAGAAAUUCUUAAUAAUUUGAAAAAUACAGAAGUAAAAAAUAUUCAUUAUUUACACUACAUAAUGGAAAUUUAUAUUGUUUAUCAAUAAAUCUUAUUUAAUAUUAUCAAUAGAAAACUUACUCAUAUGGGUUGUCAUAUUAGAAAAUAAGAGAAGCCAAUUAUCCUAGAGUCAAAUAAAAAAAACAAUGAAUAUAUAUAUCAAUUGAAAAAUUAAGGAGCAAGAAAAAUGUUAAUCUACUAAUGGGGGGAAAUUAAUUUAUAGUCAAUAGGUAUGUACUUUAAUGUAUAACUUAGUUAAUAGUACCAUUAUGAGAAGAAGAAGCACAACUUAAACAAAUACUUGUAAUAGCUGAAGAGGUUCCAAACUUUACCUAUGAGUUUAUACUUAUGUUAUUUUAUUUGGAAUUAUAUGUGUUUAAUCAUAAAUCUAAGUUAUGCCCUGAAAGAAAAGAUUUUAGUUGUGAACUUUCUUCAUUAACCUGUUUAGAACACUAAAUUAUAAAUUAAUGCAAGGGAAUAUACUAAAAUUUUAGUGAAUUAAGAGUUAUAGUGA